AUGAACAGCUUGGUGGCUACACCACCUGUGCCUCCUCAUCACUUUUACGAAUAUUCCCGUCCUUCUCCCUCCCGUCCAAUGUCUACUCCCAUUCACACUCCCAACAACCGCAAACGGAAAGCCGACGAUGAGAAUGAUCACGAUGGUCGAAUGUCAGCGUCACCUACCAACUCUCCCGCCUUGACUCCGAGAACCCUUCCAGUAAACCGAAACAUCAAGCGUGCUCGUCCAAACGUCAGCGGACGGCCUCUCGCUCUCCCCCGACUGCUGGAGACCUUGGACACAGACGCUCUUCGGGGCAUCCUCCGGACUGUGUGUGAGCGUCAUCCAGGUUUGGUCGAUGAAGUAGUCCACACAGCACCUCGACCCAGUGUGGCAUCUGCCCUUCAAGUCCUUCGACAUUACGAAUCCGCCCUUCAGUCGUCGUUCCCACUCGGUGGCAACUCCGAAUCAGAUUAUGCAUACAACCGUGUCCGACAACCACUGGGAAAUCUUCUAGAUGCUUUGAGCGACUUCACUCCACACUUCUUACCGCCUCACGAGACGCAGUCAUCUGUUUCUUUGAGUUACCUGGAUGGUGCGACCGACAUUAUUCACGCAUUGCCCCGUUGGAGUACACCACAGAACAACCUCGAGCGGGAUUCCGCAUACGACGAGAUCUGCAAGGCUUGGAUUCUGGUUAUUCGGGAAGCAGCUAAGCGUGGAGGGGGAAUUCAGUUACAGUAUGGUGGUUGGGAUCAGAAGUUGGCGAAGCACAAUCACAACUCGGGCGGUAAACUGCAGGCAGCCGUCAACGAGCUGGGUUCCAGUUUAGGAUGGAUGCACAGACCGGAUGCCCAAGGUUAUGGAAGCCCAGGCGGCAAUGACCUUGGGUCCAUCCGGGAGCAACUCCUGUCGGGCACAUACGGGCUCGGUACCCCCGUCAAGGUUGGGCCAUGGUGA